CUUGACUUGUCCCCCCCCCCCCUCCUUUUCGCUCUACCCCCCUCCUGUCCACCAAUUGGAGGGGGGGGGGGUGGCUAGGGUGGAAGGUGGCCUGGGGUGUAAGAAGAACUAAUGUUUCAAAUGGAGCACCGUAGGGGCUUCAAUUUGGCCGAGUGUCAUAGUAUUACACCCAACCUUGGUGUCAAAAUAACCUUUCAGUUAUUUUAAAGCGAGAACAAUAAUGUGAAUCAAAUCAUGCUUUCCUUAAACUAAUAAACUGGAAUGUGAGACAAUUUUGGACAGACAAAAUAAAUAGUGAGAAGAUAAUUUAGAACAGAGGUAGUAACUACCUGACAUUUUAUUUAUUUUUUCUAUUCUAUGCAUGUGUUUUGCUCCCUGGGUUGAGCUUUGUGCGGAAGUGUGUGUGUGUCCGUCCUAAAAUUAGAUUCUUUUGGAGUGUAGGUAACGUCUACAGCUGGUGGUGGAACUCUUGUAUUGGAAUUUGGUGUGCUUAGCCGCUUAACAAACAAUCCUGUUUUUGAACAAGUUGCAAAGAAUGCAAUUCGAGGGAUAUGGGCUCGCCGGUCCAAGAUUAAUUUGGUUGGUGCACAUAUUGAUGUUUUUACUGGCGAAUGGACACAAAAGGAAGCUGGAAUCGGUACAAGUGUAGACUCUUUCUAUGAGUAUCUUUUAAAGGCUCAUCUAUUAUUUGGAGACAAAGAGUAUCUAUUCAUAUUCCAGGAAGCAUACAGAGCAGUAAUGACCUAUCUAUAUAGUGACCCCUGGUAUGUUGAAGUAAAUAUGAAUUCUGCUGCUCUUGUAUGGCCAUUAUUUAACAGCCUGCAGGCGUUCUGGCCAGGCCUUCAGUACCAAGGACCUUUUGGAGUCCAGACUACUUAAUGCCUUUGGUCUACAACACUCUUCAGUUACCCAAGAACUUGAAAGGCCAGGUCAGAAAAGUUACCCUUUGCGUCCAGAAUUAAUUGAGAGCACAUAUUGGCUUUUUAAAGCUACCAGGGAUCCUAGAUAUCUUGAUGUGGGAAGGGACAUACUUACAAGCUUGCAGUAUGGUGCACGAUGCACUUGUGGAUAUUGUCAUAUAUCAGAUGUUGAGUUUCACAAACAAGAAGAUCGUAUGGAGAGUUUUUUCUUAGCAGAAACGGUGAAAUAUUUGUGGCUUCUUUUUGAUUUGGCUGCUGGUCCAGAUAACAUAGUUGAAAAUGGCCCAUACAAGUACAUCUUCAGCACUGAAGGUCACUUAUUGCCUGCAAGUCCUCAAAUAUCUCUUGUACAUGAGCAUUGUUCAUACCUGGGCGCAUACUGUAGAAACAACGAUUUUGAACAAAAAAUGCACACUUCACCCAUUGCAGAAACCAAUUCCACUGGAACCCACUUUGGUUCCACUCCUCCCAGCUUCUUUUUAGACCGCAUUUAUAAAAAAUCUCCAAAUAUGUUGGGCUUGGCUAAGGGACUCUGCCCGGGACUUGCUCAUGGGCAAAGGUUUGGCAUAUCAUAUGUGACCUCUACAAGUCCAAUUGUAAAGGAGAAUGAGCAUGCAAGCCAGAGGGAGAAUCCUUCAACUCAGAGAGAUUCAUUGGUAAUAGUGACUAACCCUAAUGUUGGCGACUCCCAAACAGGUGCUCAAAAUGAUCAGGAUAAGGAAACAAUACCUACUGAGAGCCAAACAGAGUGUGCCUCUUCAUGAAAAAGAAGGAAGAUCGGGGGUAGCUAGCUGGUUAAACCUUUAGAAGAAGGCAGCACAAGGCCACUUCAGAAGGGAACUUAGCUUUCCAAAACUUGUAAGCACGGUGCCGAUUAUUCUGAGUAAUAGAAGAUACUUGUAUCAUUCAGCCUCCCAAUAUUAGAUUGUAGAGCUGAUUCUGCUAUGGAACAUCAUUGGAUUCAGAGGCUGAGAAUAGGGUUUAUGCUAGUCACGAGGAAAAACAUGCCCCGCUUUAUACAGGCCAAGACCCGAUUCUUUUAUUUCAUUAUUAUAUGAAUUUUUGUACCACAGUGAGUUUAAUAUUCCUUACUUUAGGUGAUUAUUAUAGAUUGAUUAUGGGGUUAUCUGAUGUUCUAAGUUCUAACUCGAAUACAGAGGAAGAUGGAUGAUAUAUUCACACACAUACUUGAGAUUACAGAAGAAGAAGGCUUUGUUCAGUAGUUGUAAUUUUGAUGUGAUGAUCUAAAAUCAAAUACUUUGUGAGUCUGCUAGGUUUCCAUCUU